AUCGCAAUGGCGGGUAAAAUGCUUCUUGCGGUUCUUCUGCUGUCUGUAUCGGCUGUUUUCAUUGUUGAAGGCUCAUGUCCAAAUGCAGAUCUAAUUGCCCCUUGUUAUUGCAAUGUAGAAAGUGGAUCAGCAAUUGUCACAUGCUCAAGCAUUCAGCAUACUAGAGAUCUGGAAAACUUAAGUAGUCACUCUGAGGGAUAUCCUUAUAAGGAGGUGAGAAUAGUAAGUUCUACUCUUCAGUCAAUACCUGUUGUUAUUCUAGAGAAGGUUAAAAUGCAAAGCCUUGUUUUGAGUGAAUUGAAUCUGAAAGAACUGUUUAAUGGUGUCCCAAGAACAAUGUCUAAUCUGAAGACACUGACUAUACAGUCCGUUACACUUGAAGAGGAAUUCCAAUGGAAAUAUUUUCAAUACACAAAGGCCCUAGAAACUCUCCUGAUUGAUCAUGUAGAUAUUCCAAAAAUCAAACCUGAAUUCAAUCAGUUUGUGACUCACGACCUCCUAAAAGUGUCCUUCGCUUUUACUAAAACAGAUGAGAUCCAGACAGGUGCCAUGAAAGACUUCAGGAAUCUCCGGAGUAUUACUGUUGCUCACAACAAUCUGCAAACUCUUUAUAGAGGCAGCCUGCCCCGGCCAUAUAACGGAAUACAUCUGGACUUCCAGUACAAUAAGCUGAGUGAAAUUAAAGAGAACGUAUUCUCGGACAUGAAAAAAUUGAAGUCUGUAUAUUUCAAUAAUAAUGACAUUUCCUUACUGUCUCGACCCUCUGAAUCUGGAGUAUAUGACAACAUUGACAGGAUAGACUUAUCAAACAACCCAAUCGACUGCUCCUGCAAGGUACAGUGGAUACCUGAAGUGAAACCGAAAGGCCUUGUAGGCAGAUGCGCCACUCCACAAAAAUUCCGCGGAAAGGAACUCGUCCGUCUCACUGCAGAUGAUUUCAGCGAGUGCUACACUCACUAACCUUAGCUGAAUAGCGA